ACUUAGAGAGUCUCCCUGGAUUAGAACUCUCCGCUGGGCGCUGGCUAAGGAACAAAAAACACACGUCCCGUAGCUAUCGAGAAAACCAGGCGAUAUGUGCAAAAACAAGAAGAAGCCACCGAUUAUCCCCCAACAAAGCGCCCACAAGUUUUAGUAAUAUCCGGUCGAUCGAGUCUCGUCUCAUCUCCGCUUGCCUCUCCUCUGGUUAUGCGCUCUGACUUGCUGCCUCGAUCCUAAAACCAUCUUCUCUGGUGAUUACCACGGAGGAUAGGUGUUGCUCUUGGAGAAGCUCAGCUCCGUCAAUCUUAGCUGUAAAAUUUAAUUCUCGAGGAAUCAACAUCUAGGCCCAAAUUAAUGGUUUCUCCCGGACGCUGAUUUUGCCAAGUUGUUGAUCGAGCAGAGAGAUAGGAAACGGAGGAGAAAGGCAUGGAGGAGGAACCCGAUGCAGCUUAUUGCAGAUACUACUGCCACAUGUGCUCGCUAAUCGUGAGCCCAGAGCUGGGCAUCCAGGAGGUGAAGUGCCCGCACUGCGACUCCGGGUUCGUGGAGGAGAUGCUGGCCGACGCCCACGCCGGCGCCCGGAGGACGAGCAGCAGUGCAGACGAGGCGGGCGCGAGACCGGACUCAUCAGAGCUCGCGGUUUCGCCGUGGCCGCCUAUCCUCAUGGACCUCCUGGGCGUCUCCUACGCCGGAGACGGCGGCAGCGGCGACCUCACGGCCCUGGCGCGAAGGCAUUACCGCCACCUGGCCUUCCUGCAGCUUCUCAACGCGAUCCGGGAAGGCGAUGCCGAUGCCGGUGCCGACGGCAAUGCGGCGCCCGACUCAGGGGGCCUGGAGCAGCUCGUGCUGGUUAGCCCCACGGACGCGCACGCCAUGAUGCUCAUGGAAGAGCGAGGAGGAGGAGGAAGCACCAAUAAUGGCGCGGUCAACGCGGCGGGCCGGGUGGGCCCAGGCCUGACGCUCGGGGAGUUGAUCCUGGGCCCUGGGCUGGACUUGCUCCUGGAGUACCUGGCCGAGACCGACCCGAUGAGCCGGCAAGGCCCGCUGCCGGCCAGGAAGGAUGCCGUGGCCGGCAUGCCGACGGUCCGGAUACGCGAGGCCUCUGCCGCGACGUGCCCGGUGUGCCUGGACGAGUUCGCGGCCGGCGCCGAGGCCAAGGAGAUGCCGUGCAAGCACUGGUUCCACGGCGAGUGCAUCGUGCCGUGGCUGGAGGCGCACAGCUCCUGCCCCGUGUGCAGGUACCAGCUGCCCACGGACGAGGCCGCGGAGCCGCCCGGCAACGGCAUUGGCAAUGGCAAUGUCAAUAGCGGCGGGGAAGUUGCCGACGCGUUCGGCGGCAAUGCACGCGGCGGCGGCGGCGAUGGGGACGGAGGAAGCAAUGGCAGGCGGCGGUGGCUUGCCCGGCCUUUUGGGCGGUUGUUCUCGCGCCGAUCAGACGGGAGCUCCUCGUCGUCACGAUGAAACGGAACACCGGGAGGGGAGGGAGAAUCUCCUUUUGUUGACACGCGUCUAGUCUAGCAUCUGCUUUCAAUUGUAAAGCUGCGUUGUUCUUUGGUUCAAUUGUAGUACUGUAGCACCGAUUGGUUCAAGUGAAUAACUGACGCAUCGUUCUUUUAUU